CGUCAAUGAAGAUUAAAGUAAUAGGCUUUCUUCCACACAGCCCUUGUCCUGCACUGACAGGCCUAUUUCACAUGCUCCUCUGGGAAUAUGGACAACUUUUGUGUCGCAUUACUUAUCACUUUGGUAUUUUAUCUCAUCACCCCAGGAUCAUCAACUUGUUUGACCGGUUGCUCUUGCACAGAUGACAACUUGGGAAGGUCUUUACUAUGUAUGGAAACCUCCAUGGGACAAAUCCCAGACAACAUCCCUCAUGAUUUCACUAAAAUCCGAAUUGAAAACUGCCACCUGACCGAGUUACCUAGGGGAUCUUUCUCUAAAGUUAGUGCCUUGGAGUUCCUUUGGCUGAAUUUUAAUGAGAUCACCUUGAUGAACAUUAAAAGUCUGGAUGGGCUGGCAAACCUGACUGAGCUCAGGCUACAAGGGAACAAGCUGACUUCAGUAACAUGGACGGCGUUUCAGGACACGCCAAAACUGAAGAUUUUGGACCUGAAGCACAAUCGACUGGAUGUCCUGCCCGAACAUGCUCUAAGACAUUUACCUGCACUGACCUACUUAGAUUUAUCUUUCAAUCAGCUUAGUGUGAUAUCAAAAGAUGUCUUCAUUAAUUGGCCUCUUUACCAAACAGCAGAAAAAACAUGGGGGAAAGAAGGCGUGGUCUCAAAUGUGGUUUUGGCACUGCAUGACAACCCCUGGUUGUGCGAUUGUCGUCUCAAAGGCUUUGUUGAAUUCAUCAGAGCGGUCAGCCCUCCCAUCAUUCUCAUGAACUCUUAUUUGAUGUGCUCGGGCCCUGCCUCCAAAGUUGACAAGUUCUUCCAUGAGAUCCAAUUAAAAACAUGCAUGAAGCCAGUGGCCUCUGCCCCAGAGACUAACAUCACUUUACCUCUCGGAGUAAAUGCAACGCUCACAUGCUUAGUAAAGGCCAGGCCAGGUCCAACCAUUAAGUGGAUGUACAAUCUGAAGAUUAUAAAAGGAUUUGCGGCCACAGAGACCAACACAGAUGAGGAGACCUUCACCUCCGAGCUGGUGAUCCCCUCUCUUCACCUGGCAGACCGAGGACUCUAUACCUGCACUGCCAACAAUUUCAUUGGCAACUCCUCUGUUGGCAUCAUGGUUAAUAUCAGCCCCUUCAACUCGUCUGCUCUCCUCCCUCCACCUGUCCCCAUGGUGUCGUCCGAUGAGAAUUCUUACAUUGACAUCCGCAUUGCCAAGCAGACAGUUUACGGUAUCACCCUCGAGUGGCACGCAAAAACAGACAACCCAGCAGAAACCUGGUUCACCAUCCACUUUGGUAAAUAUGAUUUACCCAAAAAGGAGAUGAUAUAUAUUGGCCCCGGCAUCAACACUUACAGCCUCAAUGACCUGCUUCCUGUCACCAAGUACGAGGUGUGCGUGACCUUAAAGAAUCACCAGCCGAAGGAAGGCCAGUGCAUUGUGUUUGUGACGGGAAGUGACAUCAGUGAGCUGGAGCAAAGAGAGAGGCUCAUCCACAUUAUCGUCAUUGUGUGCGCCAUGGUGCUGGCGGUGCCAGUCGGCAUGUUCGCCUGCACCACGGAGGCCAGGUUCAGCUGCUUUGAUCGCUGCGUGGAUCUGUGGAAGAAGCGCAGGCUGCAUGGAGGAAACCUUCAGGGGACAGAGAGGCAGGGGACCUUUGACAGCCUGCAGGCAGCCAGCGAUGAAGGCCUUUGCAAAGACUCGGAAGAAAAGCCAAAAAAGAGGCGGAAGUCUGAGGACAGGUGCAAAGGAGGAAGUGCAGCUCAGCUCUACUAGAAUCAACAUCUAAUAUACAUAGAUGUGUAUUUGUAAAUAAUCUCAGUGUGCUUCUAAUGUAUAAUUUUGCUUUUUGAGUCACAGGGCAAAGAGGUUUUCCUAAAAAAAAAAUGAUCCUAGAUUCCUUAAAUCUAGGAUCACUUAACAAAGAUUACUGCUGUUGUGAUGGUACUUUAAGAAUUGAUGAGACACUUUAAGAAUUCUUGAAUCGAGAUCAAGGAUAAGCUUGAUGACAUUUUCUUUGAGAUUUUUGAAAAUAUGCAAGGUAUUUGUUUUUGGGAAAGCUCUGCUCUAUUAACAUUAACACAUCAGAGGCACAAUUGGGCUAUUCUAAGUUUACUCAUCCUGUAAAUAUAUAUGUAUAUCUCAAGCUAAUAGCUCAUAGUGGAGAUGCCUUUCUUCCUUGAUGUAAGGAGAGUGUUAAUAUACAUGUACAGAAAGAACUUUGUGAUAAAUUGCAUUUGAUAUUUCUUUAGUUUUUUUCUGGAGUUUUGAUACUGAACAAAAAAAUAUCCUACAUUUAAAACAUGUAAAAAAAAUCAAUAUUGUGUAUAUUCUAACUUCCUCACGUUCAAAUGUAAGUGUUUGUUUUGUCUCAGGAGGUUUCAAUUCAAUUUUCUUUUUACAGAUUAUAGAUUUCAUGUCUUGUAAUGGAAUGAAAUGCUGUUUGGAUUAAAGGGAAGUCAGAGACAAAUGCUGAGACAUACUCAGAUUUUUUAGCACAAUCACUCAGAGGAUUUGUUACAUAAGCUGUGUUUUCCCGUGCAUUUAUACAUACACUCGUAAGCAGAUUAAAGCGAUUUUCUAACUGAAUCCUAGUCAGCAGGACAUGAUAUUUCCAUUUAAUGACAACUCCGAGCUCACUGUGUCUCUCUAUGUCAACUCUAGGGAUAUAGAGGAUACUUUUUUACAUUUCCUGAAUGUGUUUUUAACAAUACUUUACAUUUUCCCAUGUUUUCUGACGUACUAUAAGAUGACUUUUUUCAUGAUAUUUUUUACUUACAAUACUAACCACUUUUUUCACAUUUUCAUUUACUAUACUAUAAUCUUCUCAUGAUAUUUUCAACAUACUAUAUUUAGAUUUUUUAAACAUACUAAAGUUUGAUUUUCUUCAUAUGUUUCUUGUUGAAUUACUAUACUAUAACUAUAGUUCAUAAUAUUUUAAAAAAUACAACAUUAUGACUUUUCGAUAUAGUGUACUAUUACUUUUUUAUACUAUACUAAGACCUUUUACAAAUUAUAUAAUGAUUUUCUUCAACGUACUUCAUACUACUACAUGCUGAGCCCCAGACAGCUCCCUGCUUAAAUAUUACGCAUGUUUGAGAUCUGUUGAUUCUACAUUUUUUGUUUCUACUUUAAAUGAAUAAACACCUAUUAAAAACUAAUAUAGCUUCUGGAUAAAAUGAAGCACAGACCAAAUAAUGUUUACAAUAUUUAUUCAAAAGCAAGACAGUACAAAGACGGAACAAAUACGUUACUUCAAAGGACCAGGCAAGUGUUAUUUAUAGUGACGAUAUAUACUGCUUAUCUCAACCUUUUUAGAUAUUUAAAAGUGAAGAUAUAGUCAGAUACAAUGUAUGGGUAACAGAAAUGAAAUGUAUUUGAUUUGAUUUGCCUACAUUUGAAGGCAUUGAAGAGAAACAUGG